GAUCUAGUCUUCUACACUAAAAACCUCAAGUCGAAUAAAAAGAUUCUAGCUCUCUGCAUUGGAAACAACGAGCUCUACGUGCGACGACGUCUACCUGAAUCCAUUGAAAUGCAGCAAAUGCGUUCACAGGCUCACGAGGAAACCCUCUAUCGAGAAUUAGAGCGUGAACGCCUUGAGAAGGAGCGAGCGGCUCGAAUCGAGGCGGAGCGCCGAGUGCGCGAACUGGAGGCGCUGCUGGAGCAAGCCCAGAUGCGUCUUUUGGGGACAGAAAGCGGCCCCGCGUCGCCUCUGCGCUCCUCCAAUCGACGAACCUCCGCCCACAACGGCGCUCUCAAGCACGAAGCCCUGCCGUCCCUUCUCGUCUCCGGGCCCGAAGCCAACAAAACGGUUGGCAUAAAUGGAAAUCCAAGAGCCAUGACGAGCUCCGCUUUUCAAGCUGUCGACCAAACAACCUCUUUGGACGACCAUUCAACGGAAUCGCGUGAGACCAUGCCUCAACCUGCUCGACGCCGAAGUUCUCCGCCCAGAAUCCAAACACCUCCCGCCACCUCCUCCUCAUCGUCGUCUUCCUCCUCAGUUCGGAAGGCAUCGCACGUGAAGCGCAAAAAGGACGCCGGUUGGAGGUCGAGACCACGACGACAGUCCUCCCCAUUGCCUCCACACACGCUUUUGGACGCACACAAGCAAGCGGGCACAGAGACAACUAAGCAGGGUUUUCCUGGUGACCAGGCGGUUCAUCCCUCUUCAUCUAAUACCAGACGGCUCCCAAGGCAAGCUCUGGAAGUCGUUGGAAACAACAGCUCUGAGCCGCCGGAUGAGAAGCCCACGGCGUUAGAACUGUUGGGGUUGUCGUGGCUCGACACCAAUGUCUCAAGCCACGACGUAGAGCCCAUUCGUGUGCCUUUAAACGAGGCUGUUGAAUUUGCCCCAGCCGUGGUGCCAAGUCUGCGUUCAGAGGAGCUCCGAAGGUCAGUGAUCAGCCGCGACCCCCAUCUUCGAGCUAAGCUGCAGGAGCUGCACCAGGAAAUGCAAACCAUGCAGCGAACGAACCAAGGUCACGAUAGUCAGCCGUGUGAACAAUGCGAGGACAAAUUCGACACCAUCCGCAAAAUCCGUCGCGGAAACACAAGGCGUCGGAUAGACGAGUUCGAGGCCCUCUAA